GUAAUUAGGACUCCCUCGCAGAUUCCAAACGUGCCUGCAGUUUCAUCAUCUCCUCUCCUUGGUUAAAAAUAAAAAUAAAAAAUUGUAACAGUAGAGCAUCUUUCAGCACUCAGCAGAUAUCCCUUCUUCUCCUCUUGUUCAUUUCUCUUUCCUUCCACCUUUUGUUUUCUUCCAAUAAUUAAUAAUUACAAUGUGGCUUGUAGGCAUUAUUGUCUUCUGAGUAAAUGGCGUAACGGAUUAAUGUUCCUUCCAUUUCUGCAUCCGAAUAAUGCAGUAGACGUUCUUUUCUUCAUCUCUUUUUCACUUUUUGGGCAGAUUAUUGGUAUCUUUAUAUUUAUAUUGCACUCUCAGGGAGAUAGAGGGAAACCCAUGAAGGGAGCUGAGCCCAUGAGACCUAUGAAGAAGCUUUUGUGCGUUUUUGCCCUUACGCUUGCCUUUAGCAAAUGGGUGGCAGAUGGGUUUGAGGAUUUUCUUACGGAUUUUAAUGUGACGGAGGAUUCUUCUUAUUUGGAGUCCUAUGGAGUCUCUGCAGCAGUCGGUCCUUUGAUGGUGGGACUAACUCUUAUUCCCGGAGCUGCUGCAAAAGGGGCAGUCUGUUUGGAUGGAACGUUGCCCGCGUAUCAUCUGCAUCAUGGAUAUGGGUCAGGAGCGAAUAGUUGGCUCAUUCAAUUAGAGGGUGGAGGAUGGUGCAAUAACAUUAGAACUUGUGUUUACCGCAAAAAAACUCGGCGUGGAUCAUCAAAUUAUAUGGAGAAACAGAUACCUUUUACUGGAAUACUGAGCAAUAGGGCUGAAGAAAAUCCUGAUUUUUUUAAUUGGAAUCGAGUAAAAAUUCGUUAUUGUGAUGGUGCCUCUUUUGCUGGGGACAGUAGAGAUCAGGCGGCGCAAUUGGAAUUCAGAGGACAGCGGAUCUGGUUAGCUGCUAUGGAAGAUUUAAUGUCAAAGGGAAUGCGCCAUGCUAACCAGGCUCUUCUUUCUGGGUGCUCUGCUGGGGGUUUAGCAUCUAUAUUACACUGUGAUGAAUUUAGGGGCCUAUUUCCAAGAACUACUAGAGUGAAGUGCUUGGCUGAUGCUGGUCUUUUCCUUGAUGUGGCUGACGUGUCUGGUGGGUUCACACUUAAGAAUUUAUUCAGUGGCGUGGUUAGCUUGCAGGGUGUACAAAGGAACCUGCCACGUACUUGUACUAAUCACCUUGAUCCAACUUCGUGUUUCUUUCCUCAAAACUUAAUCUCCAGCAUUAAAACCCCACUAUUUCUUCUCAAUGCAGCCUAUGAUUCAUGGCAGAUUCAGGCCAGUUUGGCUCCAGCAUCAGCUGAUCCUCAUGGCUAUUGGCGUGAAUGCAAAUUGAAUAAUGCUCACUGUUCGUCAUCUCAGAUCCGAUUCCUGCAAAGAUUUAGGAAUCAAAUGAUGAAUGCAGUAAAAGGCUUCUCGAUGUCCCGACACAAUGGGUUAUUCAUAAAUUCAUGUUUUGCUCAUUGCCAGUCUGAGAGACAGGAUACAUGGUUUGCUGAUAAUUCUCCUGUCAUUAGAAACAAAGCAAUUGCUUUAGCUGUUGGAGACUGGUAUUUUGAUCGAGCACGCAUUGAUGCCAUUGACUGUCCAUACCCUUGUGACAAAACUUGCCACAACUUGGUUUUCAAUGAGCGAGGUCUUCAUUAGUCAACUUAAUAUUCACCAUCAUAUUCAUUGGACAAUUUAUAUUCAUUAUUUUCUGUUAAGGAAACUAUUUGAUUCAAUGAAAAUUGAUAGAAGAUAAUAAAAUGAGAGGCUGCUGAGAAUGGAAAUGCCAUCAGCAAGUCUUCUGCAUUUCUAGUGUA